GCGGUGUGUGAGCCAUGGUGGGCAGAUCCCGGCGGCGUGGAGCCGCGCGGUGGGCAGCUGUGCAAGCCGGAGGAGGUCGCACCGCGGCAGACGAAAAUGAAGACGAUUUAGGUGGGCCACCCUCACCCGGGGACUCCAGCUACUACCAGGAUGAGGUAGAUGACUUCCAUGAGGCACGAGCCCGGGCAGCCUUGGCCAAGGGCUGGAGCGAGGUAGAGAGCGGGGAGGAAGAGGACGGCGAGGAGGAGGUGCUAGCCCUAGAUGUUGACGAUGAAGAGGAAGACGGAGAGAGUUCGGGGGAGGAGGAGGAGGAGGAGGAGGAUGGCGAUGAUGAUGACGACGGCGGGAGCUCCGUGCAGAGUGAGGCUGAGGCCUCUGUGGACCCCAGUUUGUCUUGGGGUCAGAGGAAGAAACUUUACUACGACACGGACUAUGGCUCCAAAUCCCGAGGCCGGCAGACUCAACAAGAAGUAGAGGAGGAGGAGCGAGAGGAAGAGGAGGAGGCGCAGAUCAUUCAGCGGCGCCUAGCCCAAGCCCUGCAAGAGGAGGACUUUGGAGUCGCCUGGGUGGAGGCCUUUGCAAAACCCGUGCCUCAGGCAGAAGAGGCUGAGACACGGGUCGUGAAGGAUUUGGCAAAAGUUUCAGUGAAAGAGAAACUGAAGAUGCUGCGAAAGGAAUCACCAGAGCUCUUGGAGCUGAUAGAGGAUCUAAAAGUCAAGUUAAGAGAAGUGAAAGAUGAGCUAGAGCCACUCUUAGAGUUGGUUGAGCAAGGAAUCAUUCCACCCGGCAAAGGAAGCCAAUACCUGAGGACCAAGUAUAAUCUGUACUUGAACUAUUGUUCCAACAUCAGUUUUUAUUUGAUCCUGAAAGCUAGGAGAGUCCCCGCACAUGGACAUCCUGUCAUAGAAAGGCUUGUUACCUACCGAAAUCUGAUCAACAAGCUGUCAGUUGUGGAUCAGAAGCUGUCUUCUGAAAUUCGACAUCUACUUACACUUAAGAAUUGUGCUGUAAAGAAAGAACUGAACCCCAAAUCAAAACUCACCAAAGCCAAACCAAAGUCUGCUUCAGAGACUUCUGUUUCUGGAAAUCUCUCUGAUGAUUCAGAUUUUGAUAAAGAAGCUGCGCUGAAAUACUAUAAAGAAACAGAGGACAGGCAAAAGUUAAAGAGAAAGAAAGAAGAAACCAGCGCUGAAGAACAGGCUCUUGAAGAUCAGAAUUCCAAGAGAGCCAUUACCUAUCAGAUUGCUAAAAAUAGGGGACUCACACCUAGGAGAAAAAAGAUUGAUCGCAAUCCCAGAGUGAAACAUAGGGAGAAGUUCAGAAGAGCCAAAAUUCGAAGAAGAGGCCAGGUUCGUGAAGUUCGAAGAGAAGAGCAACGUUAUAGUGGUGAAUUAUCAGGCAUCCGUGCAGGAGUUAAAAAGAGCAUUAAGCUUAAGUAAAGUAUUUGCUUAAUUAAGGUUUUUGUCAAUCAUGUUAGAUUAAUAAAUUUUUGUUUUUAACUAAA